CCUGCUGGAACUGAAGCAGAAGUAGACUGCAUGGCUCUAAUGAAGAAAACUCAAGAGAUUUUAAAUACGUAUCGAGUCUUCCCAUUUAUAGACAGUACACAGAUCCCUGCAUACACAUCUGUUCCUCGAUACAAUCGAAAAUUGGGCAUCUUUUCUGCCAACCAUUUGGAGGACUAUAGCAACUGUGUGGAAAGCAUGAUUCUCUCACUCUUCUGCUGCCUCGCUUAUGACCCGUCUGAUUUUACAUAUAAAACUGAUCACAUGGGGUCUGUCUCUCCUAGUUUGAAAGAAUUUUUCUCUCCAGAGAACCAGCCAUUUGACACAACAAAGGCUAACUUUCAGAAGAAAUGGUGCAAAGUUGUUGCUGAUCUAAAAGAGCCUAAUAUUUCAUACUGCAAUGAUAGAAAUGAGCUUGACUGUGGUAUUAUAAAUAUGCUUAUGGUUAUUGCCGAAAUAGUAAAUAUUUCUAAAGAAGAAAAAGACAAAAUACUUGGCUUUUCAGAAAGGUUAAAGGAAAAACAAGGGAGCUUAGAGAAUAGUCUUUCAAAGGAUAUUCAAGAGUACACAAAGAUGCUACUUAAACGCCUAUCCAAGACAGAAAAUGUAGAAAUACAGUUUUCUAAGCUUAAAAGCAAUAUGGGCACUAGUGGAAGAUACGAUAUAUCUGGAAGGAUUGAUAUUUUAUUUGAGCAAGAUGGCAUCAAGAACACGAUAGUCUUGGGAAUAUCUACAGGUCAUAGCACUAUUGAUAUGGAGCCAACUGUUAUGGACUUCGAGGAUGACCGAAUGGAGAAAGUGAGUGAAAUUGCAGGCAUCUGCAAAGAUAGAACUAAAUUUGUUGAAAACCUAUUCGCUGCAUACCUUGCCUAUGAAAUCCGAAAUAUUAGCCCACCUGAGGAGAAUGAAGAGUUUAUGAAGGAACAGGUGCGCACAACCAUUGAGAACAAGUUUGCAGACAUCAACAGACUGCUGCUUAUAAAGAAAAUUAGCAACUUUAACUACAAAAAGAACUUAGUUAGCUGUUCUAUCAUAUAUACAAUGGAUCAAGAUCUAUCUCCAGAUGACCCUCUUAUUCGGUUUACUUCUAACAUAAUAGGAAGCACUGAGCUAGGCAAUUUUCAUAUUCAGAUGCAAAUACUCCCAUCAGUUGUAUUUGCAGACCUGCAAACCAACAGUAAACUGAGCUAUCCAAAUAUAAAACUGUCAGAGCACUCCUACACUCGUGUAGUUGAGGCGGCACCUUGCAGAUUUUUGUUUGAAUGCAUACUAGAUUGUGAUGUGGAUAUUUUGAUGAAAUGGAUUAGAUUCUAUAUAUAUGAUUUUAUAUGUUAUAGAAGUAACGAAGUUUUUAUUUAUCACCUAGAAGACGAUUCAAUAAAUAAAAAGAUAUGUAAACAUAUAUUCAAAGAUGGAACUAUGAAGUAUGCUGACAUAAUUGAUGAUUUGAUUGUCCAAAGGCAUGGUACAAAUCAAAACAAUGCACUAAGCAUUGUACAUUUCAUAUGGCUCAUCUAUCUCUGUGUUGAGGAAACCCCAAAUAUAGAGCUGAUUAAAGCAAACUUAGAUGCUAUUCCAGAAAUAGGGUCUAUUUCAAGAAGCUACAUGAGCCAUAUUGAGACCAUGGCUAAAUUAGUAAGUCAGGCCAUUCAAACCCUUAGUGAGCUGAAGAAUCAGAUAUGCAAAGAUGAAAACGAUAUUGAAAGGUUUGACAGUUUUAUAAAAAUCUUUGCUGCUAUAGGUUAA